CUUGGGCGUGUCCGCGUGAACGCACUUGACGCUUUGCGUUUAUCUUUAGGAACUAGACUCCAGAAGGGUCUCUGCUGGGCAGGUCUCGGGUUUCCUGCUGAUCACCCCGAAAAUGACGGCGUCUUGCGGGCCGCGCAAGGCGCGUCCCUGCAGCCCCGCGAGUUCCUUUUCUUCCAGGUGCUUCGUUGGGAUUCUUUUGAACGCCCCAAUGUUCCUGAUACCCAUAUUCUCCGUCCUAGAUGCCUGUGAUGAGCCACCGAGAUUCCAAGGUAUGAAGCCCCAGGAUGAACUUAAACCCAGUUAUAGUCCUGGGGACACUGUACGGUAUGAGUGUCGCCCAGGUUACCAGUCCCUGUCUCCUGGUAGUCUCAUCUCUACUGUUUGUUGGGAAAAUAAUACUUGGUCACCUCUCCAGGAAUCCUGUAAAAAAAAAUCAUGUCCGAAUCUAGGAGAUCCCGAAAAUGGCAACAUUAACUAUGUCAAUGGAAGUACUGAAUUUGGUUCACAGGUUCACUAUGUUUGUAAUGCUGGUUAUUACUUAGCUGGGCCAGCUAUUCGGUAUUGUCAAGCUAAUGACAAUUCUGUGUACUGGAGUGAUAGCUCCCCAAUAUGUGAAAAGAUUUUUUGUCAACCACCUGGAAAAAUUCUAAAUGGAAAAUACACCAAUAGCCACAAGGAAGUAUUUGAAUACAAUGAAGUGGUAACUUAUAGUUGUGAUCCUUCUAAUGGACCAGAUGAAUAUUCACUUGUUGGAAACAGCACGCUUGUUUGCGUUGGGAAUGACAAGUGGAAUAGUGAGCCUCCUGAGUGUAAAGUGGUCAAAUGUGAAUAUCCAGUACUCCAAGAUGGAGAAAUCAUAUCAGGAUUUGGAACAAAAUUUUACUACAAAGCGAAAGUUAUAUUUAAAUGCAAGGAAGGUUUUACUCUUAUUGGCAGCAACACAGUUUUCUGUAAUGCGAACAGUACAUGGGAGCCUCCAAUACCAAAAUGUGUUAAAGAGUCGACUACUCCCAGUACCCAAUCUCCAAUUUCCAGUGUCUCAGUGUCGACUCAACCUCCAAUUCCCAGUGUCCCAGGUUCCAAGCCCACUUCUCCAACUGUGUCUCCAGGAUCAAGUCAUCCAGGACAUCCCAGGCCCACUGAUGAAUCAGCACCUGAAGACAAUAAGCAUUUAGGUGUAGGACCCAUCAUUGGCAUCUUUGUUGCUGUAUCUGUCGUCUUGGGAGGAAUAGUUGGUGCCUGCAUAUACAAAUGUCUUUCCAAAAACAAAAGUGCGUAUCUAACUGAUGAGAGCCACAGAGAAGUCAAUCGUAUUUCUCCCAGAGAAGAGGAGAUGAAAGAAAGGUUUGCUUUUAUCAAAAAAAAGGAAAACAGAGAUUAGUACUUCAUACAGCGCUUACCGGGAUAAAUCAACUACCUCAGGAGAGCAGACGCCCUAAAUGGUUUCCCCAAAACCAUGCAUCACCUUGUUUUUAUUUUAUUAAAAUGUUAAGCCUACAGUAAAUUUGUAUAGCUACGAUGAAAAAUGGAACGGAGGCCUCAAAAAAUCAAAAACAGAACCAACAUGUGAGCCAGUAAUGCCACCCUGGGUGUAUAUUUCAGGAAACAGAAUCACCAAGUGGAAGAGAUCCCUGCCCCUCCCCGUGUACUGCGGCCUUAUUUACAGAACUGAGACAUGGAAACAGCCCAAGUGCCCACUGAUGGAUGAGUGGAUGAAAAAUUGAUGUAUAGUGGACUACAGUUUAGCCAUGAAAAUGAAGGAAAUCCUGCCAUUUGCAACAACACAGAUGGACCUUGAGGAAAUUAUGCUAAGUGAAUAAAUCAUACAGAGAGGGACGAUAUACUUGUAUGAUCUCACUUUAUAUGUGGAGUCCAAAAAAAAAAACCAAGCCAGUAGAAAAGAAAUCAGAUUCGUGGUUGUCAGAGGCAGGGUGUGUGGGGACAGGAAUUGAGUGAAAGUGCUCAGAAAAGGAACCAACAGUUAUCAGCCAGACAAGGACUGGGAUGUAAAGGACAGGACAGGGACUGGAGUUAAGGCGGUGACACUAUAUUGUAUGUUGCCAAGUUGCUAAGAAAGUAAAUCUUUAUAAAGUUCAAA